AAACACGGCGAGGAUAAAGCAAGAUGGCGUCUGACGGUGAAGACAUUAUUGCAGUCGUCACAGUUCAGUGUUCUUAAUCUGUGCCUCCAUGUACAUAUAUAUUUCCUUUAUUAGACUCUAGUGAAUAGAGUAAACAUCGUUAAUAACUGUUUGCAUCCGGUUAUAUUAGUCUGAGCGCACUUUGAUGCUUCUCGAGCUAGCUUAGCUUGCUAGUUAGCUUAGCAUUUUAGCUGCUGACAAAGAGAGGCGGAAGUGAUCAAAACACAUCACUAAGUAGAGAUCAAGUGUGAGUGUAAAGUGUUGUGAUUGUGUGAAAAUGUGCGAAAGAACGAUAGCAGAGUACGAGGAGGAACUUUGUCCAACAAAAGAGGAGAAGGAGCGACAACAACAAAAACAUCAAGUUGUGUUACACAGAACAGACAUCCAUCAGCUGAUUGAACACCAAGAAGAAUAUCUCCCUCAUCUGCAGGGGGACAGUUUCACACAUCCACACUCCCUCUUUUUUAAAGAGGAAGAGGAGGGAGAGUGUCCUGUAGGGCAGGAGGAGGCUGAUCUCAGCAAGUUUCCACUGACUGUUGUCUCUGUGAAGACUGAAGAGCAUGAAGACAAACCACCUGAGUCCUCACAGCUUCAUCACAGUCCAAACGUCUGUGAAGCACAAUUUCUGCCUGAAAAAAAGGAGUUUAGCCUCAGGAUGGUGAAGGAGGAUCCAUCAACGAGGAAGACCAGUUGCCACGGACCCUCUGGCGUCUCCUUUUCCUCUUUAACACAGACCAUUCCCUGUAAAAAGGAAGAAGAAGUUUCAGUGACCCCCCACAUUAAAGAUGAAGAGGACGAACACUGCAUCAGUCAGGAGGGAGAUUAUAUUGAAGGACUGGUGGAGUUCCCAGUGACUGGUGUCCCUGUGAAGAGUGAAGAUGAUGAGGUCAAAGGUGAAAGUGAGGAGAAGGGAGAGGCGGAGCCUCCAAGCAGCAGCUCAACACAACACAUGACAACAGAAGCUGAUGGAGACCACUGUGGAGGAUCACAAGCAGACAAGCUCUUAGCUCCACUAUCAGAUAGUGAGGACACAACGUCACACUCUCCUGACACUGAUGAUGAAGACUCUAAAGAUGAUAAGACAUGUCACACUGACAACACUCACUUCACAUGUUCUCACUGUGACAAAACCUUUAAAUACCAUAGUCUUCUGAAAAGACACAUGAGAAUACACACUGGAGAAAAACCCUUUUCUUGCUCAGAAUGUGGUAAAUGUUUUGUAACAAGUUGCAAUUUGAAAGUACACAUGAAAACACACACCGGAGAAAAACCUUUUAUCUGUUCACUCUGUGGUAAAGGUUUUGCACAAAGAUCAUGUUUGGUAAAACACAGAAGAUUACACACUGGUGAAAAACCUUUUUCUUGUUCAAUCUGUAGCUUAUCUUUUACAAGGAAGGGACAUUUGAAAGUGCACAUGGGAUCACACACUGGUGAAAUACAUUUUUCCUGUUCAAUCUGUAGUAAAAGCUUUUUGGAAAGUCACCAUUUGAAAGUACACAUGAGAACACACACUGGUGAAAAACCUUUUGUCUGUUCAAUCUGUGGUAAAGCAUUUGUACAAAGUUACCAUUUGAAAAGACACAUGAGAACACACACUGGUGAAAAACCUUGUUCAUGUUCAAUAUGUGGCUUAUCUUUUACAAGGAGGGAACAUUUGAAAGUACACAUGACAACACACACUGGUGAAAAACCUUGUAUCUGUUCAAUCUGUAGUAAAGGUUUUGUGGAAAGUCAGAAUUUGAAAAGACACAUGAGAACACACACUGGUGAAAAACCUUUUUCGUGUUCUAUCUGUGGCUUAUCUUUUACAAGGAAGGAACAUUUGAAAGGGCACAUAAGAUUGCACAAUAGUGAACAAACUUUAUCUUGUUGAAUCGGUGGUAAAGGUUUUACAAACUGCAGGAUUUUGAAAUAAACUGUCAAGACUUUAAUUUGGACUUUCUAACAUAAGCACAUAUAACGUGUGACGAUUUUUGUGUAACUAACUUUUUAACAACUUUUUGAUAUGCUUCUACAUUUAUAGAUAAUAGAUUUUAUUUUGGUGCUUUUUUUCAGUCAAGUGCAUGCAUUGAUAUGCAACAUUGUGUACUUUUAUUAAAAAAAUCAACAGAACAAUUUAACUGAAAAGGUGAGAGUAAACAGUACAAGACAUAUUUUACAUACAAUCCCCAUUUCAGACUUAUUCACAAUAGUGUUUUCUAUAGGUGUUUGAAAUAUUGAACUAUUACUUAUUAUUUCCAAUUAGUAAUGAUCCCAUUAGCACCUUUAUAGGAUAUACAAAUGUACUGGUUCACAUUUGAAACAUCUUCUGGACCACUUCAGGAAGCUUAUUUUUAAUGUUAUACAUCAUUUGAACAGUUGUCUUUUAUACAAAUGUGUGUGUAACUUUGUGUGACAACAAAUGUGAUACUUUAUUAAUCAUUUGUUGGGUGUCUAUACCAUUUUAUUAAUUAUCUUUAUUACUUUCUUUUGUAAUAUAAUGAUUGUGUUGUAACUGUGGUAUAUGUUUGUCCCAAAACCUUUAUGUAAUAAAAAAAAUGU